AUGACAACGGUCAGGCCCGAGUCAAGGCCUCAUGAAUGCCCACAAUUUAGCUCUCUACAUAUCAACAAAGGCACUGAAAGUCCACAAAUUGAUAUACCUAAUCCAUCUACUGGAGAAUAUCAGGAGUACACUUCGAUUCAAGAUCUCUGGGAAAGUGUUCGUCGUUUACAACAUGAACUCGAAAUGGCACGUCCCAAGGAGCCGCUGAGCGGACGAAUUAUCCAGGUUGUAUACUCAUUGCCCUUCACUUUUACGCCAAGAAAGGAGCAUGAUUAUAUUCAGCGAAAAGCACAUGCGGAGGCUGCAAAGAAUAGUGUCGCGAGAAUGGCCGCCACAGCUCAAGCUCGAAAGUUGGAACGUGAACAACAGGGACUCUUAGAAUCGAAAAGAGAAGAGAAAACAUCGAUCUCGUAUCGCAUGAACGUGGACCCUUUACAAAGAAAUCAAGAGCAUUGCGGUCGAGUUGCUGGUCGGCGCGCAUGGAUGUUGUCUGAGCUUGUGGAUGAUGAUAUGUCUGAGGAAGACCAACUUUCUGCUGUACAUUCGCAUAUUCACAAGGCUAGCUCGUCUGACUUUAAAGAGAUACCCAGCUCGUCUUCCAAAUGUACGGGAUUCAGUGAACAAGGCAGCACUUCAUCGUGUACUUCAGGUUCUACCAAGUUGAGGCGUCCCUCUUGGAUUCUGAGUCUGAGUCGCGGUCAUUCGGCGCUGAACAGUGGCAUUUACAGUUUAUGCGCUAGUCACAAGCAAACAUACAUCGGCGCCCCCAUUCAUAUGCGCUUCUUUCAGCAAUCUGAACUAGAUACGCGAUCAGAAGUGUCGCAAACAAUGCCCGAAGAACGCAAGGAAAUUGAAGACGUGCUCGCCUCUUUAGAAAACCGAAGUGCAUGGUCUCUGCAUGAAGGUGGCCUUGCAAUGCGACCACCCGCCCUGGAUUCGGAUAACAGCGAGGAAAUAGCCGGUAUCCGUUAUGUUCCCACGUGGCUUGAUCAUCAAUCUGCAUAUUCACACUAUGAAGCGUAUUGCAAAGCGACUUUAUGGCCUCUUUUCCAUUAUAUGAUGUGGCGAGAUGAUGAAGACAGAACUACAUGGGACCAACACAGCUGGCAGUCAUACGUGAAAGUCAACCAGGCCUUUGCGGAGCGUGUUGCGGCAGAGCACAAACCAGGCGACAUUGUUUGGGUACAUGACUAUCAUCUCCUGCUUGUGCCGCUGCUUGUACGUCGCAUGAUUCCGGAUGUACACAUCGGUGUAUUUGUGCAUUCUUCUUUCCCAAGCAGCGAGUUUUUUCGGUGUUUGCCACAGCGUCACGACAUUUUAGAAGGCAUGCUGGGUGCUGAUUUGAUUUGUUUUCAGAAUCAAACUUAUGCUCGCCACUUUCUGUCAUGUUGCGUGCGCAUUUGUGGGCUUGAGGUACAAGGUAACUUUGUUGAAUCAGCGAAUGGCCGUGUGACCAAGGUGGGUCACAGCACCAUCGGUAUCGAUGUGGAACGCGUUCGGUAUGAGGCUACUCAAUCAGGUAUUGGAUCACGAAUGCACCAGCUUCGUAAUUUGUACAAAGACAAGCGCAUCAUCGUGGGAUGCGAUAAGCUGGACGUGGUGCGCGGUGUCAUUCAAAAACUACAAGCAUUUUACGAACUUCUCUUGCAUUAUCCUCGCUGGCGAAAUAAUGUCGUUCUGAUUCAAAUCACGAUUCCUGCCAUGCAUAGUUCUCCUAAACUCGAGCGGCAAGUUUCUGAGUUGGUAAGCCUCAUCAAUGGCGACUUUGGCUCCUUGAGCUUUACGCCAGUGCAACACUACCAUCAACUGAUCGAACGGGAAGAAUAUUACGCCCUACUCUCAGUGGCAGAUUUGGCACUGGUCACGUCUGUACGCGAUGGCAUGAACACUAUGUCUAUGGAGUACGUCGUUUGUCAAAAUGAACAUGGUCAAAGUCCCAUCAUUAUCAAUGAAUUCACUGGCACAGCAGUUCAUCUUCAAGCCGCCAUUCAAAUUAACCCUUGGGAUAUUGGCGGCGUGGCUGCGGCCAUACAUCACAGCCUGUGCAUUAGUGAUCAAGAACGUUACGACCGAAACAAGCAGUGUCACGAACAAGUGGUUUCGAAAACAUCACACACAUGGGCAUUGUCCCUAGUUCAACAGAUGCUGCAUCGAUUACGGCAUAGGUACUCUGCUCACUCAACACCUAUUUUUAACUUGGAGCACAUGCUCAAGUGUUUUACACCUGCCAAGAAACGCCUAUUUUUACUGGAUUAUGAUGGUACAUUAACACCUAUCGUUAAGGAUCCAUCAGCAGCUGUGCCGUCCCAGCGUCUAUUGGAGGCUUUGCAAAUACUGUCGAAUGAUGACCGCAACAUCAUGUAUAUAAUUUCCGGUCGCGACGAAGCCUUCCUGUCGAAGUAUUUCAGCCAAUUUCCAGCGAUGGGAUUAUCAGCUGAACACGGGAGCUACUUCAAGGAACAUGGCUCUCAAAGCUCAUGGCAAAACUUAUCUGCUGAACUUGACAUGUCAUGGAAGCAAGAUGUAUUGAAUGUAUUUCGCUACUUCACUGAUCGAACGAUCGGCAGCAACAUUGAAGAGAAGAAGAGUAGUAUUGUUUGGCAUUACCGAAAUGCUGAUCCUGACUUUGGCUCAUUCCAGGCCAAAGAAUGCCAGUCACUACUUGACAACAUUCUAUCUCAGAAUGACCUUCAAGUUGAAGUUGUUGUUGGAAAGAAAAAUGUGGAAGUGCGACCCCUCGCGAUCAACAAAGGCGAAAUUGUGCAUCGGCUUCUGUAUGCCAUUCCAGAUGUCGACUUUGUCUUUUGCGUUGGUGACGAUAAAACAGACGAAGACAUGUUUCGUUUCUUGUCAAAACUGGCCUAUGAUGCCUCUAAUGAAGAGCCCUUGUCUUCGGACCGAGUGAGUACGAUGGUCGUUUCGCCGCCUGCUCCGUUGAGUCGUAACUCUUAUGUCAAUGCUUCAUCACGCAACCUCAAUAUCAGGCAUGAGCAAAUAUUCACCUUGACUGUAGGCCCUGCGUCAAAACGCACACGAGCAGACUGGCAUGUUGGUGAUGUCAAUGGUAUUAUCGAUUCACUUGUAGCCAUGGCUCACCAGGAUGAACAAGAAUAA